CCUGGUCGCUCCGCCAUCUUUGUCGGCUGCCCCCAUUGUUCACUCAGCGGCGGGUUAAGCGGUUCACAUACUGCGCAAUAAAAACAACUUGACGGUGUUACAGGCAGCUGCCAAAGACAGUCGUGGACUUUCUCUCAGGGUUGCGACUUGUUCUCGGCCAGCAAGUUAAACAGAAUGGACGAUGACCAGCCUAAAACCCUGUAUGUGGGGAAUCUGUCCCGGGACGUGACAGAGGCCCUCAUCCUGGAGUUGUUUGGCCAGAUUGGACCCUGCAAGAGCUGUAAAAUGAUAGUAGAUACGGCAGGUCAUGACCCGUACUGCUUUGUGGAGUUCUAUGAGUAUAGACAUGCCACUGCCACAAUCGCAGCCAUGAACGGUCGGAAAAUACUGGGUAAGGAGGUCAAGGUCAACUGGGCCACGACGCCAACCAGCCAAAAGAAAGACACAAGUAGUCACUUCCACGUCUUUGUUGGAGAUUUAAGUCCUGAAAUCACCACAGAUGACAUAAAAGCAGCUUUUGCUCCAUUUGGGAAAAUAUCGGAUUGUCGAGUGGUGAAAGACAUGGCCACAGGUAAAUCUAAAGGCUAUGGCUUUGUCUCCUUCUUCAACAAAUGGGAUGCGGAGAACGCCAUCCAGCAGAUGGGAGGCCAGUGGUUGGGAGGAAGGCAGAUCAGGACCAACUGGGCCACAAGGAAGCCUGCUCCUAAAACUACCAACGAGACACCCAACACCAAGCAGCUAUCUUUUGACGAGGUGGUGAACCAGUCCAGCCCCAGCAACUGCACCGUCUACUGCGGGGGGGUCACCACAGGCCUCACAGAGCAAAUCAUGAGACAGACCUUCUCACCUUUCGGCCAAAUAAUGGAAAUCCGGGUUUUCCCCGACAAAGGCUACUCGUUUGUGAGGUUCAACUCUCAUGAAGCAGCAGCUCAUGCCAUCGUGUCCGUCAACGGUACAUCCAUAGAGGGCUACGUCGUGAAGUGUUACUGGGGCAAAGAAACGACAGACAUGGUUAGCCCCAUCCAGCAGGUACAGAUGCCACAGCAGAACACGGUGAGCUUCGCAGCGCAGCCCUACAGUCAGUGGGGUCAGUGGUACAGCAACACGGCGGCCGCCCAGCAGAUCGGGCAGUAUGUGCCCAACGGAUGGCAGGUGCCAAGCUAUGGAGUCUACGGACAGAGCUGGGAUCAGCAGGGCUACAAUCAUUUACAUGCCGGUGCCGGAUGGACAGGUGUGGGCGCCGUGAGUAACGGGGCCAUGGUGGAGCCGGGCCAGGGAGUCAACGGGGCCGUGCUCACCAACACGGCCGGCAUGAGCACCGCCGGCUACCACACCCACUGAUCACCGCUCACAGUAGGCCGCUCUAAAGCCUCUAAAGGGCCACAAGGAUGAUACUCUGCUGGGGGGGAAGGAGCGCAUUAGAUGUGCUCUCUGUCGCCACACAAACGUUAUUCUGUUAGAGAAGCUGGUACGCCAUGUUUUUUUUUUAAUUUUUAUUUUAAAACAACCUUUACCAGCCCAUAACUUCACCCACUGCCCAAAUCUGCAAGUGUAAAACAAACAACAAUCCACUCCAGAACACGUAAAUAUGUCAAAUCAGCUAUUCCUCGGCCCAUUUCUAUUGUUUGGCGUAUUUUUGUAAUGCCUGCAGAUGACUGGCCAAAUGUAAAUUAUACGACCGUGUGUGUAGAUAUUUCUAGCACAGCCACGUUUAUAAUUUAAGAGAAACACCGACUAAUUAUAGCUAAAACACCAGGUUUUUGUUUUUGUUUUCAGCCCCUCAGAGCCAAAGAGCAAGGGCGGGAUUUUAUACCAAUGUUUAACAAUCAUACAGGGAGACAGACGGCGCUCAUUAAUCCAUAGUAAGUAAUGCAAUGUAUUGAGGAAGGAGUGCCAUUUUAAUUUGUUCCUCUCGCUCUCACUUCUGGUCCGAGGCAGUUCUCAGGGUGUUUGUCGACGUCAUUCUGUGAAAUGUAGGAAAUCACUGAGCAGGCCAAGUAGGCAGGUUGAGGGGAAAAGUGGAAACGAUUAAGAUUCAGCGCUCCUUCACUUUCAUCUGCCGGAACACGGACUGAACAGACCGAAGAGACUCCUGUGUGUGUGCGUGCGUGUGUGUGUGUGUGUGUGUGUGUGAGAACUGAUGCUUUUACACACAAGAACAAUUCAUCUUCCCCUGAAACAGAAAGGACUACGCCAUCUUUUUUUUUUUUUUUUUUUUUUGCAACUGAUAAAAUUGUGUCGUUUUCUUUCUUUUUUUGUUUUGUUUUCAGCAACUUUAAAAAUGACGACAUUGUAUAAAGAGCUUUUGCCUUUUUUUUUUUUUUUUUUUGUGUUUCAUUUCGGGACUGUCUUAUAAGGAAACGUUGCAGUGACACCAUCGAGAAUCAUCCGACACGCGAGACCUUUUUUAUGUUUGUUUAUGAAACACUAAGUGGCUGUCAACUGUCAACUUUUUAUUUUUUCAAUUAGAUUUUCAAUAUCUCAAAUGAACCAAUUGCAGGGAUUACUGCCACUCUUAUCUUACUUAUAGGCAGGUGAAUAUUGCACAAAUACUUAAGGUUACCGUUUCACACAAUUUGAAAAUACUCGGUUGUUUUUAUGUUUUUGCAUUCCACAUUCUUUUGUCUGUUUUUUAUGUAUAUAACCAAACAGUCUGUUGAAUUGUACUGAAUCUGUAUAAAGACAACAUGUUAAUGAAGGUUGAUGGACUCCACAAACAGCUGUUUGACAGUAGCAUCCCUGUCGAGCGCUGGUCCGUGUACAGUAGAGGCAACAUUCGAUUCUUCCAGUGACUCUGCAUGAAAAAGCAGCAUUGCUAUGCAAUGCAAGAGCCUUUUUCAAUUGACAAGUAAUACAUCAUUAAGUUAUUCUGUCUCAAAACUAAAUAAUUGUUUUUAUAGAUCAAGAAAACAACCAUAUGAGGAUCCAAGUUUUGCACUGUGGCCACCACCAUUUUUAAUAGAGCUGGAAAACAUCCAUUGUGUUGCCUUAUCCGUGAGUUACUUUUUUUUAAAAAUUUAACCAAAAGAUCAUCCAGGAGUAGGCGGUGACUAAGAAUGUUUUCAACCUUUGUUUUGGCGAGAGAAGGUCUGUCGAUGCUUCAGUGACAUGGUUUGAGUUUUUGCUUUGUCCCCAUUAAAAUGCUGAUGCUUAAAACAGA